AAUUAUAGUAUCGAGGAUAGAAACAUGCAGAAAAUCAAACCCUAACUACGCGGCGAUGGCGAGAGAGAGAUGAGAUUAGGGACGUGUUAAAGUAAGAACAGGAAGAAGAAGGAGAUGGAUAGUAACUAUGAGCAUGAUGUUGUCUUAUCUUCUAAGACCAAGAAGAGGCGGAUGAAUGAUGAUGAAUUGGUGCCAGAUUCCAGCUUAGACAAGUGGUCAGAGCAGGGGCUUGAAAAAGGAGAUAUUUUUAACUUAUCGGAUCUUCUCUUCACAAAACACAGAGAUUUUCUCAUCACCUACCGGCACCGCGAUCGUCCGGUCCAAGCUAAGCACCUGGAAGGCAAGGUUGUUGUCUUACAUUUUGUCCCACUCGUUCCUUGGAAUCAUUAUUUAAGGCGGGAAGUUGAUUCUUUGGUGGAUAUAUACAAUGACAUCCACGGCAAAGCUGCUUUCGAGGUUGUUCUCAUAGGGAUCACUCCUGAUUAUACUGAACCCUUCACCACAAAAGAACAACUCCAUUCCGCUCUUGAUCCAUCUUUCCUUGAGGAAUGUUUUGAGGAAAAGUUCUCUGUUAUGCCAUGGACUGCAAUCCCCUUCUUCGAUACCCAAUCCCGCAACUCUUUGGGGAAAAGAUUAGGACUUCCCGACGCUUUUAUUUCUGAAUUUCAAACCCUCUCAGUUGUAUUUGAUCCUUCGGGGGUUGUUUUGCAACCAGCUGCUGCUGGUUUCUUCUCCUGGUUUGGAGCUCAGGCCUAUCCUUUUACUGCCCAAAGGAUGGAUUGCCUCGAAAAUGAAUACGAGGAAGCACUCUAUCAUCCUUCCAUUACAAAACUCCUGACCUUUCCCGAAUGUAAUUACGUCAUCAACAACCAGAAUCAGGAGGUACCUGUUCACAAUCUCGAAGAUAAGGUCGUGGCCUUGUAUUUUGACGAAGAGUCAAUAUCCGCUGAACUUCCAAUAAAACUUAAAACUGCCUAUGACGAACUGUUGGCGAAAGAGAAAAAUUUUGAGAUCGUGCUUGUUCACAUACAUGAUUCUGUUUAUUCUAGCGAAUGUGCAACUGAAGAAUCAUUCUGGAAGACAUUCAGCAAAAUGCCUUGGCUGGCACUCCCAUUUAAAGACCCGAGGUGCAAGUAUCUGAAGCGGGUUUUUAGUUAUCCUGUGGAUUUGGAGGGGCCAGGGCCAGAUCCAAGGCUUGUGAUUAUUGGACCACGAGGAAAAUAUUAUGAGCUGUAUGGUGCUGAUAUUUUGCAGAGAUUUGGUGUUGAAGCAUAUCCCUUCACCCGCAUGAGAAUUGCCAAGUUGGAGGCUACUUAUAUGAAGGAAUUGAAGCUAGAUAAAUUCUGGGAUCCAAACAUUUCUUUUAUACAAAAAAAUGGGCCUGAAGUUAAGUUGUCGCAACUUGUGGGGAAGAGAAUCAUACUCGUCAUUGAGGGUGAGUGGGCCAGUGGCAAGUUUUUGAGGAGGCUAAAAGCAAGAUAUCUCGAAAUGAAGGAAACAGAUGAUGCAUUUGAAGUGAUUUUCGUCCCUAAGAAAGUGGGAUCUCCAUAUGGUAAGCAUGUUUUUGCGGCUAUGCCAUGGUUGAGGCAUCCUCAUCGUCCUAGAAGAACAAAUAUAGUCAAGUUGCUGUGUCGUUUUAGACGGGGUGAUGGAAUAGUUGCUUUUGAUCGUGAUGGAACGGUGGUGAGGAGAUCAACAGCUCCUUCGAUUGAAAGGGGGAAUAAGGAGUAUCCUUUUUAUGCUGGUGGUCUAGAAAAGGAGGCCUUGACUGAAGUCACAGAGAAAUAUAAUUGGGAUUAUUUGCCAAUUGAAGUAUGGUGAUUGCUAGUUGACAUAUUUAUGGUACCACGCCGAAGCUGUAAACAUCACUUUAAUCCGUCAGAUGGACAUUCUGGUGAUACUGAGGGUCAAGACACCCCUUUGUACCUUUUGGGGCUGUUGAGAUGUGGGAUGAUCUGGUCAUACCAAGCCUAGAAAGCCCAAAAUCAGAUACUUUAGUCUUGUACUAAUUAUCCAACAAUAUGUCGCUAGAUUUGAUAUCCCUAUAAUACAACGGAGGAUUCACUACAGAGUGGAGAUAUGCAAUGGCUCGGGCAGUUUUUGAGGCAAUUGUUAGGCGAAUUUGGCAGAGAAGGCCACUACUGCCUUGGUCACCAUGUAAAUGUUGGAACAUCCCAUUAGGCAUGUACUCGUAAACAAGAAUUUGUUCACCUCUCUGAAUGGAGCAACCUAGGUUGUCUCCCAAAUUCGGGUGGUUUACCUGAAUACCGGAGUUUGAUCUCAUUCCUGACUUACUCAAUGUUGUCUGCAUUAUAUGCUCGAUGCUUCAUCCGUCUAAUGGCUACUAGCUCAGCAUUGUUGAGUCUGCCAGCAUAUACUGUUCCAUAAGCCCCUGUGCCUAAUCUAUGUUUACCAGAGAAGCUUUGAGUAGCCUUCUCUAUUAUUUUGUAUGGAUAUCCAUGAAUGCUGAU